AUGAUCCGCCACGGAGGACCCAUAUCCCCCGAACUACGAAGGCCUUGUCGGGUUGGGGGCUUCAUCCCUGCGGCAGGUGUAAAUGAAGUUGUCGAACCGGGGUCCAUGUAUUUUGUCUUUGGUGGGAACGGGUUCUUCGGAUACUUCUUUUCAGAAGCUCGAUGUCUGCUGCUAUCACGUCUCUCAGCCAGGAUUUUCUUGUUUGGUGGUCAAUCUACGAGGUCGAAGAAUGUCCUGAUCUCGAAACACUCGACAUGGUUGAUGUGA